AUGGAGGAGCAGGCGUUAUCGCAGCAUCCCCUGCUGGAUGGGCGAGAUGGCCUCCCUCCCAUUGAAGACCGGUCGAUCCUCGGAUACUUUGUUUUCAAGCAGGAAGUAAAUCUCGAGGUCAACUUUCGAGAUCGACGCAUCGAUGGCACGACGAAUAUUUUUAUUGUUACCUUCGUCGAUAAAGCCGUCGAAGAAAUCUUACUCGACGCUGCCCAGUGCGAAAUCGACACAAAUAACAUAACCGUUACCGAAAUGCGAGAGAUAGAUGGGGAAGCCGUCGAAGGUCAGAAGCGUAAGGUGACUGCUGAAUACCGCGAUCCCUACCAGAAACUCGCACACCCCAAGGGCUGGAACUGGAGGGCCGACCAUCAUGAUCUGCGGCGUAUCCGCGCCCGUUCGAUUUUUCACAGCCGCAAAACCGACGUACCCGCCGAAAAUAGAGGAUUCGAGGGCUCUACGCCGGCUUACGGCUCGCUCAAGGUGAAUUUCCGUGGCAAAGGAGAGCAGGAACGACCAAGGUUGAUUAUAAGAAAAUCAAUGUCGAAUCUGGAUGCCGUGGAAAAAUCCCACAAGCAAUUCAAGAUUACCAUACCGUUUACGAACAAGAAUCCCAGAGAUGGCCUGCAUUUUGUUGGUGUCGAUCCGCUGGACAACAGAUUUACACACAUGUACACUCGCCAUUCGAUCCAGCCGGGAACUGCGUGCUGCAUAUUCCCCUGUGUUGACGACCAUGGCGCUCGGUGUGAUUGGAGGAUAUCCAUCAAAUAUCCGCGAACGCUUGGUGAUGCCCUUCAACAGGCUCUCGCAACCAAGAAAGAUGGAGCGUCUCACAACGGCGUGGACAAAGCGCAAACUGAUGGCAAUGACCUACACUUCAAACUUGCCGAGGAAGACAAGCUGCGAGAAAUGUCUGUUGUCUGCUCUGGUUUCCUUAUGGAAGAGACAGUUGAUCCCGAAGACGACCACAAAAAGAUAAUGAUAUUUGAGCCGGAGAAGCAAGUCUCUGUGCAAAAGCUUGGCUUUGCCAUUGGCCCCUUUGAACAUAUUAACCUCUCAUCAGAGUCCAGAACCGAGGAGGAUGAGGUGAAACUUGGGAUGAGUGCGUUGAAGAUUCACGCCUACUGCUUGCCCAACCGAGCCGAUUGGGUUCGCAAUACUGCUGCAGCCCUGACUAUGGCUGCCGACUUCUUUACCUAUACCUUUGCCAAAUACCCAUUUGGCAAUUUCAAAGUCUGCUUCCUCGACGACAUGGUUGAGGACACGGUAGCACUGCACUCCCUGGCCUUCAUCAGCAACCGAUUGUUGUAUCCUGAGGAUAUUAUUGAUCCGGAGAUUGAGACGACGAGGAAAAUUGUACACACUUUAACCUCUCAAUGGAUUGGAAUCAACAUGAUUCCCAACACGCGCAACGACAUGUGGCUCGUGGUUGGCAUCGCUCAUUACAUGACGGAUCUGUUCAUGAAGAAGCUCUGUGGCAACAAUGAUUACAGAUUCCGAAUGAAGAUGAUGGCGGACAAGCUUGUCGAGUUGGAUGUCAAUCGGCCUUCACUGGCAGAUCUUGGACCUAACCUCCACUUGGGCGAAUUUGAGAUGGAGUUCAUGGCACUGAAAGCACCAAUUGUGUUUUUUAUCCUUGACAAGCGGCUUAGCAAAGCGUCCGGUGGCCACGGAUUGACUCGCAUCCUGCAGAAACAUUUGACCAGGGCUCAGAUUGAGGGGAGUGACAAAUUCCUCGUUCUGGAUUCCGAAAAGUUUAGAGCUACGUGCGAAAAGGCUGCCAAAUACCGCCUCGAAAGCUUCUGGAACCAAUGGGUAUACGGCUCUGGCUGCCCGCGUUUCGAUGUCAAGGCCAAAUUCAAUAAGAAGAGGCUUUGUGUCGAGUUGAUGCUUAUACAGGUGCAGCAUCAAACUAGCAAGAAAACCGAACUCAGCAGGGACGACUUCUUGAGAGCUAUCAAAGAGAGAAGGGCGGAUCUCAAGACUGGUGAAGUGCAGCCACUGUUUACUGGACCCAUGACUGUUCGCAUACACGAGGCUGAUGGAACGCCGUAUGAGCACAUUCUGGAAAUUCGAGAGGAUGCAACUCGUUCUACCAAGUUUGAGAUUCCUUAUAACACCAAGUAUAAGCGUCUAAAGCGGACGCGUCGCAUGAAGGAAAAGCACAACGCAGGCGCGAGCAUGGAGAUACCUGAAAACACUGACGACGCCCUUCUUUACUGUCUCGGAGAUGUCCUUCAAAGCCCAGAGGAUCUUCGAGACUGGGAAUUGAUAGAAUGGGACCCGGAAACCGAGCGCAAGAUGGACCAAGAGUCUUAUGAGUGGAUCCGUGUCGAUGCUGACUUCGAGUGGGCAUGCAGCAUGAACAGAACUCUCGAGCCGUACAUGUAUGUGUCCCAACUUCAGCAAGAUAGAGACGUUGUUGCUCAACAAGAUGCAAUGUUGUAUCUGUCAACUGGCCCUCUUCAUCCAAUCGCAUCGGGGUUCCUCGUGAGAACGCUUGUUGAUCGCCGCUAUUUCCAUGGUAUUCGGACCAUGGCAGCGCAAGCCCUCACCAGGCAAGCCAACAUCAAAGAUAUACCGAUGCUUGGACUGCGACAGUUGAUGCGGGCUUUUCGCGACAUGUUUUGCUAUGACCAAACCAACCAACCUCUUCAAAACGACUUUUCCGAUAAGAGACAGUACAAUGUCCGCUGUUCAAUCAUCAAGGCUAUUUCUGAAGUUAGGGAUGGCACAAACUACUGUCCAUUCGAGGCCCGACAGUUCAUCUUGGACCAACUGCUCUUCAAUAACAAUGAGAAUAACCCUUAUUCUGACCAUCAUUAUAUUGCGAUGCUGGUUGAAUCGCUGGCCACCUCCCUCAUUCCGGCGCAGGCGGAUGAGUGGUUCAAACGCCAGGUCAAAGUGCCCACCGAUGAGGAACGUCAGUUUCUCGACGAGGCAAUGGAGCAGAUUGAACGAGUUCUCAGGCGUGACGAGUGGACAAACUCCUAUCAAAACAUAUGGACCAUCGCUGGGUUGGAUGCCAAGCAGCGCCUCAUGAAGGCAGAGGUAAUCCCAAUAAAUUACGCCGAUUUUGGCCAAUACUUGUUGGAUGGAACCCAUGAUCUUAUUCGUAUCAAAUGCUUUGAGGCUCUGAUUGAUCUUGGGGCACUUAUGGAUCCAACAGCGGUGGCUCGAGGGCUUGCAUCUAUUGCAUUCGGUGAAUACUCAAAGGCUGUUAAGAAUGAGCCUGCUCCGGAUGAGGCAGAUGCUUUGUUACUUAUUCAAGAUAGUGCAGAAGAAGUUGCUGCCAGAAAGGAAAAGUUUGCUCGAAAGGAAAAUCUGGAUGCCGCGCUCAAGGCUUUGAGAAGGGAAAUGGAAGAGACGUAUGCUACCGACGAGAGGCACUACAGCACUGCUAUGCGCAAGGCGUUGGAUCACCCCAACCUCGGACGAGCUGAAAUAGAAUCCCUUCUUGAACUGGCAGCUAUGAUGUUCGAAGAAGCUACAAGCUGGGUGCUCACUCUUAAUCUGCCCAAAGGAUGGAGGGUGGAGCGGCCGGUACAGCAGCUCUCGGAUCGGUUGAUGAUGAAUUUCAAGUCUUAUUACAAGACGAAGCUCAAGAAUGCAGCUCCUCCACCGCGACCCCCUAUGCCCGAGGCAAAAUUGCCCCCACCCCUACCCAAGGCAUCAUCAAUCAAGAUCAAUACGAAGGCCGCACAGCCAUUACCAUCGCCUCGGCCUACGCCCGUUUCAAAUUCAACACCCCCUAGUGAUACAAUAGUUGCUGCUUCUGUCGCCUCCCGUCCGGUCAACGGCAAUGGCACCCCUUCCAAACCAAUUAUCAAAUCGGAUGUUCAGGCAGGCGUACUGGCUAAGCGGCCUCGACCAGAAAAGGGCGAUAGCGUCCCGGCAUCAAAGAGACCCAAAGUGGAGUCACAGCCAUCAAAUCUCGACAAGAUUCCUGGUGCUCCCCCGAAAAAGCGUCACAUUGUCACUCUGAAAACUUCCAAUCCGAAACGGCUUGCCGUUAUUCUUGGCGUAUCGAAGAGUGCUUCAACUGCUUCUGCCAUGCCUGGCAGGACCGCCCUGCCCUCUGCAGCCCCCAAGGAACAACAUUCCUUCGGGUUAGCCAAGGACUUGAAUACGCCAAAGCCUCCGCGUAAGCCGCUACCCUCUGGAGAUAUAGUGAGAAAGCCCCUGCCAUCAGGUGGCUCAUUGCCGAGUCUCCCAGGUUCUACGACCAGCAAAAUAUUCGCAAAGCAUCGGCCCCCAAUGCCUGGGCCAAAAACGCUCAGCAAAUCACCA